AUGGGCCCCGCGUUUCCUGGAGAAUACAUUCCACCAGCUUCCAACUCGGGCUUGACCCAAGGAUUGUACAUACUAUCAUACCCGGGUAUCGCAUUCACGUUUCCAUUCCAGGAUUCCAAAUGGGAUCCUGCCAAGGACUUUGUUUCUUUACUUUCUUCCAACGCUGCUGCACCCGGGAAAUCGAUGGCGAUUUUUGGUGGUGAAUCAUGGCAAGAUGCGUGUCACGAGUUGAUGAUUACUCCAUGCUCGAACCCAAGGUUACUUGCGCUUUCGAGCCGUGGUAAAGAGUUCCGCCCGCGUGAAGUUGAUCUUGUUAGAAUUCGUGGCAAUGGUUGGGUAGACGUUGAAAGAGGUGCCAAUACCCCGAACUUUCGGAUCAGUCUGGGCAAGACCACUCCACAAGAUCUUGUGGCAGAAUUGGGCCCACCAGACGCGAUAUACCACAAAUCUGACCGGAAGAUGGCUGUCUACAAAAUUCAGCAUAGGGAUCGAAAAACCGCAAGGACCUCAUCCGGCACCUUCUACACUAAUCAUGAAGACAUGACCGAUACUGAUCAGUCCUCUCUGCAAUCAGCCACCGACGACUCAGACGCUGAAGAACGGUCGAACGCUACGGGUAACACAAAGGCAGACUCGUCUGCCGAAUGCUUCUACAACUACUUCAACCAUGGGUUUGAUAUCUUCAUCUCACGGCCCACCCUUCCGGCCCCUAGUUUCUCUUCUGCUGAGAAUGACGGCAGAGAGAUGGUCGAAGUAGGGGGAGUCAAACCAGCUUGUGGCAACAAAGGUUCUCUUGCACGCCAACGUGCCAGGAUCUUAUCCAUUUAA